AGGAGUGAGAGUGAAAAUGUAUAAGACACAGCUACAACAGCUAUGCCACCAGAGAAAGUGGAGUUUGCCAAAAUACUCUGUCAUGUAUGGUGGUCCUCAACACAAGCCAAGCUAUAAGGCUUCUGUUUUUGUCAAUGGUGUUACUUUUACCUCUUCUGAUACUUUCAAUACGUUCAUAGAAGCUCAAAACCAAGCUGCUAUGAAAGCUUUUCACAAUUUCUCUUCUCCUUCAUUUGGCUCUUCAAAACCAACAGAUGAAUAUGGUUCAAAAGAGGAAGUUGUAGCUGCCAAAUAUCAAGAGCCAGCUUGUUUGACGAGCAAACAUCAGUUACAAAACUAUGCUCGAAAGAACAAUCUCGAUCCACCUGUUUGUACAAUUAAAACUGAGGGGCUACCUCAUGACAUUCGCUAUAAGGCUACUGUUGUCAUUGGGGGAAAAUCAUUCGACAGCCCAAUAUUUUUCAACACUAUAAAAGAGGCAGAAGAGGCUGCUGCAAAUGUUGCUUUGAAGGAAUUGCCAAUUUCUGCUGACUUGUUUAACAAGGAUGAAUCUUGUCCAGCCAAGAGUUUACUGCUAGAACUAACACAGAGAGAAAGUUUUUCCAAACCAACAUAUAAAACUACAGAAUCUCGUUCUUCGAAUAUGCCAACUUUUUUCUCAACUGUGGAAGUAGAGGGUGUUGAAUUUCAUGGAAAGGCUUCUAGGUCCAAAAAACAGGCAGAACAUGAUGCUGCAAAGAUUGCUUACAUUGCAUUAAAAGAGUGUAAGUUCAUUCAUUUAAAUUUGCUUUCAUUCAUACCAAUCAGAAACAAAUUUGGCCUACAUAAUUAA